AUGACUUCGCUGCUCCGAGAGCCAGCGCGGGACUCGCUGGGCCGAAUGGCCUCCUCCUUCUGCGCCGUCUUGACUCGAAGCGACGGCGACGGGAAGAGAUCGGACGCGGACGAAGGCGGAGCCCGAACGGUCUGCGUCGGCCUGAACCGCACCGUCAACGACUGGUCCGCAGAGGGUUGUUCGCUGGUCCAGAAGAACUCCACCCACACGACCUGUAGCUGCAACUACCUCAGUAGCUUUGCGGUGCUCAUGGCUCUACAUGAAAUCCGGGACCCCUGGCACCUGUUCAACCUCACUCUGAUGUCCUACAUUGGACUGAGCAUCUCCAUGGUUUGUCUGUUGGUCUCCAUCGUCACCUUCACCUUCUGUCGGGCCAUUAAAGGCACAAGAAACACCAUCCACAUCCACCUGUGUCUCAACCUCCUCCUGGCGGAGCUCCUGUUCUCCGUAGGGAUAUCCCGCACUGGGAACAAGUUGGCCUGCGCUCUGAUCGCUGGGUUUCUCCACUACUUCUUCCUGGCGGUGUUCGCCUGGAUGCUGCUGGAGGGGGUGCAGCUGUACAUCAUGGUGGUCAAAGUCUUCAACGUCAAUCUCCUGACCAAGAGGCACUUGCUGCCCGUGGGCUAUGGGAUGCCCCUGGUUAUCGUAGGCAUCUCGGCAGCUGUCUACGGCGAAGGAUACGGAACCGAAAGAUAUUGUUGGUUGACGUUGAAGAAAGAUUUCCUGUGGAGUUUCCUGGGGCCGGUGUGCGCAAUCACGGUGGUUAACCUGAUGUUUUAUGCCGUGACCGUGUGCCAACUCGCGCGGAAGAUGCCCAGCGUUCAGCGGGAGAAGCCCAAGCUCAAGAAACUCAGGUUGUUUACGGUGACGGCCAUCGCUCAGCUCUGCCUCCUCGGGUGCACGUGGAUCCUCGGGAUCUUCCACUUCCACAAAGACACCAUUGCGAUGGCGUACAUCUUCACCGCGGUCAACAGCCUCCAGGGCGCGUUCAUCUUCGUCCUGCACUGCCUCCUCAACAAACAGAUACGUGAGGAAUAUCGCAAGUGGUGCCUUACGGUGUGCGGAGCGCGAGGGGCGCGUUCGGAAGCCACGACCAGUUUCAUGCCCCUGUUUUCUCUGCAGGAGAAGAGCAGCUUCUCGACAGUUCCCGGAUUUUGAGAGGGCGACGGAAGACGAACUGAGGACCAGGUCGGACCGUGUCGAAUCUCCGCCGGGACCCGGCGCCCG